AUGGAAUCAAUAGCAAGGAUCUCGACUCUGCUCGAAAAUGCUCGUGAUCUCACCCUCGACGCUGCCUCGGCCGCGCGAAGCUCGCGGGGCGCAUCCCGACCACUCGAUCGCACCCAGGUUAAGAAACUGUUAGACAGCCGCAAUGAGCGGGAGGUUCUCGAUGGACUACGGCGUGUUAUCUCGAUGAUGUACCGCGGCCAGAAAACACUCCUUCUCUUCUCGUCCGUCGUCAAGAAUGUCGCGUCGCCGAACCUUGAGAUCAAAAAACUAGUCUACAUCUACCUCAUCCACCAUGCCGAACAGGAGCCCGACCUCGCCCUCCUAUCCAUCAAUACCAUCCAAAAGUCAUUGUCAGAUACAAACCCCCAAGUGCGGGCCCUGGCCCUGCGCACCAUGUCGGGCAUCCGGGUGCCGGUCAUCAGCCAGAUUGUGUCACUGGCCAUUCGAAAAGGUGCCGGGGACAUGAGCCCAUAUGUCAGACGCGCCGCGGCGCUGGCUGUCCCGAAAUGCUACCGACUCGACCCCUCGCAAUUACCUCAGCUUCUGGAGUACCUCUCAACCCUACUCGGCGACAAACAAUACUAUGUGGCUGGGGCAGCUGUGACAGCCUUCAUAACCAUCUGCCCUGAGCGGAUAGAUUUGAUCCACAAACAUUACCGAAACUUGGUCAGGAUGGUGGUGGACAUGGACGAGUGGAGCCAGCUGUCGACAUUGCGGUUAAUGACUGUCUAUGCGCGGAAAUGUUUUCCGAGGAGGACAAAGUCCGUCAGAGGAAAGGAGAAAGCAGCCGACCUUCAGGACUUCUACGGCGAGCGGUCGGAAAGCGGUUCAGAGGCUGAGCAGGUGGUGGUCCUCGACCCUGACCUCGAGCUCCUCCUCAACAGUAUCAAACCCCUCUUGCAGUCGCGCAACUCAGGUGUUGUGGUGGCCGUCGCGAGGUGCUACUCUGCUAUCGGCACACCGGAGUACACCAAGACGGCGAUUGGGCCCCUCGUAGCGCUACUCCGUGGCGCCCAGGACAUCCAACAAGUCGCCUUGUUCAACAUCGUUUCCAUCUGCCUCAGCUGCCCAGCCGAGUUUGUCAAGUACGCCACUCAUUUCCUAGUCCGCGCAACGGACACACAGCAAAUAUGGGAGCUCAAGCUGGAAAUGCUCACACUUAUCUUUCCUCACGCUUCUACACAUGUCAAAAGUCUCAUUCUCAGCGAACUAGAGCAUUUCAGCCGGGGCUCCGACAAGAUGCUCGUGAGGGAGGCUGUACGGGCGAUUGGGCGGUGCGCUCAGAGAGAUACCACGACCGCACCUCGAUGCCUACGGCUUCUUCUAAGCCAGAUUACCAGCCUAGACGGCACCUUAGCAGCGGAAAGCUUAACGGUCAUCCGCCAUCUCAUCCAACAAGACCCAACCGCGCACGUCGCAACUGUGAUGGAAGAAACCCAACCCCAGUCUGAGUCCGACUCUCACCACACCGCCGCUCGAUUCGACGACAACCCCUUCCAAUCACCGCCCCCGGCCAACGGUCCCAAACUCCUCGAGGACAACGACCACCCGAUCGCCAAGCUCUGGCGCUACCUGCUCCUUCUCGUGCGCUAUGACACCUCGUACGAUCUGCGCGACCGCACCCGCCUUUACAAAUCCCUACUGUCGGUGCCCCAGCUCGCCACUCUGAUGCUACUCGCCCCGAAGCCCGCCCCACAAGCCCCUAGCCCGUCCGAAACCCGCCGCGGGUACACACUAGGCUCGGCCGCUCUGGUGUUGGCUGGUGGCGGCGGCGUGCAUGGCCUGCGUGGGUAUGAGGACCUGCCGGGGUGGGUGGAGGAGGGCAGUGAGCCGGAUGCACGGCUGAGGGAGGUGGAGGGCGCGGCGGAGAGGUAUGGCGAGAAGAGGGUUGUGGCUGCGGCGGAAGGGCUGGAUGCUGCUGCGGGAGUGACGUCCAUGUCCUCUGCUGGCGCGAGGGCGUCGCCGUCUUCGGGUGUUGGGGCGGUGAGGGGACCGAAGCCGGCGAAUGGGGUGGGGGAGAAGACGUUGGAUGAUUGGUUGGCUGAGGAGGGGAGUGAAGAAGAAGAGGAGGAAGAGGAGGAGUCAGGUGAGGAGGAGGAAUCUGAAGAGGAGGAGGAAGAGGAAGAGGAGAGUGAGGAAGAAGAUGAAGAGGAGGAGAGUGAGGAGGAGUCGGAUGAGGAUGCGAGGCUUAUGCGGCCCUCGUGA